AAAAUGUACGGAAGGAGAAUAUUUAAGUGUAGCUAGAGAGAUAAGGGGACAAUUUGGAGGCUUCUCUCUUCCUUUUUACCGGCGUGCAGUAUAGUAGAAAGAACCCUGGUAGCUUCCAUUCAAUUUCAAUGGCGUCUCUUGUUUCUAUUAGCUUCUACAAGCCUCUGCAGAACAAAACUUCACUUGCCCUAGUUCAGGGGUUGGACUCAAGAAAAUCAAGUUGCUGCAGGAAUCUAGUAAAGAAGACAACAGCAAUCAAGCUUUACUACAAGAUUAGAGGCAUUCUUUCCGUGAAUUGGAACAUGUUAACCACAAACAAAGAGACCCUUUCACAUAGCUUUGAUGUUAGUUGCUGUACUCAUAUGCUAAUUUCUGGCUUUUGGGUUGGACCAGAUACUGAAGACGGAUGGGGUUUUGUGGAAGCAAUUAUAUACAGAACGUGCUGAAAUUUGGUUGAAAGUUUUACUUCCCUUCCUUCCUUUUUGCUAUAUUAAACUUGGUGUUUGGAGUUAACGUUCAGCACAUUAGUAGGUGAAUGAAUCUUUUAUGCUUCGUUGGAACUAUUUGAAUGAAGUGUACUAUUGAGGUA